CCACGCGUUUUUAACAACACUGGUGAUACCGCUGGUGGAUUUAUUGUGAUUCAUACCGGCCCCUCGUGCUGGGCUCGGUGGGGAGUUCACUCUUACAGGGGAGAGUUCUUGCUCUUGAUUGUGGGGUUUCGGAAUUUUCUUCGGACGAAGCAUGAGGACCCCAGGGAGGACCUGAGGAUGAGCGGGAUGAGGAUGAGAGUUCUCGGGGCGGUGGCUCUCGUCGUCUGCACAGAGAUGCUGCUCACUGACGGUGGAACGACGACUAACAAGGUGUCGAAGCGAGCUAAACCACUGGAUCCAGAGGACGAUUACUACUACUACGACGACGUAGAGGAGAGAAACAAUCCGACGAAUGAGGCGCCCGCUGUACCACCGGGCUUCCUCAGUCCAUCGGUUAGAGAGUAUCUCGAUCUCGGGAAGUCUAUUCCUGGUCGACCGGGUACAGAUUACCCGGUCCUGGGUAGAGUGCCCUACACAAAUUUCUACUGCGACGAUCAAGAGUACCCCGGUUUCUUCGCCGACGUUGAGACCCGCUGUCAAGGCUGGCAUUACUGUGAUAUUGACGGAAGACAGGCGACAUUCUUAUGCCCCAACGGCACACAAUUCAGUCAGGCUGUAUUCGUGUGCGACUGGUGGUUCAAUGUCAGAUGUGAAUUGAGUCCAAAAUUGUAUGCCAUCAAUAGUAGACUGUAUCAGCGUCCAACGGAGAGCCCAACACGACCGCAUCGAGUCAUCACCAAGGAGCUGCUCGAGAAUAUCUUCGUGAAGAGGAAAUGAAGUCUCUCACUCCCUCCGGCGAAUGGAAAAAAAAAAUCUACCGAUGCUUCUGCCAGUAGAGAGAGGUGGCGAGGGGGUUUAAGUAGUCAAGGGAAUAAAGAGUUUUACUACUUGAAGAAGAAAUUUAGUGGCAAAAAAACAUGAUGAGCUCUCCCUUAUUUCUAUCGAGCGAGAUUUUCAUUGCUGGAAGCGCCAUUCAACCUCCCUGGGUUCUUAAUACUUGAUGAGGUCCCGGAGAGGAGUUUCAGGGAUGCGAGGACGAGGGAUUUCCUCCGUCGUUCUCCUCUUUUUGGUCAACGUGAGAGGUGGAGUGCUCUUAUAUCGGGUAUGAGUUGUCAUUUGUUCUCUUGUUGGGAACUCUGCGUGAUUUGGCCCAUGUUGGAUGGGGGAAUUGAUUGGGAUUUAGGUGGAGUGGGGAAUAUUUUUAAGAUUCUAGGGGGUAAGAUUAGGGUUCAGGAAGGUCGUGCGAUACAGAUUGGGGGGUUUUUGGGGAAAAUUUCGCCAGUGGGAGGAAAGUUUUGAGAUUUUUCACGUAAUUGGGGAUUUUUGGGGGAUUAUCGAGUGAUCUUGAAAUUGUUUCAACGCGAAAAAUCCUCCUGUGCACGGGAAUAAAGACGUUGCUGAGUUGUGUAGAUUAAUUUUUCUCUUUUACAAAUGUUCGGGAAACGAAGAACAAGAAAAAAGAAGUAAAAGCAAACCAGAAAUGAAAACAGUUGCCGACAGAUUCUAUUAACGAUGGGCGAGUAUAAAAAAAAAAUCAACGGUAAAAAAAGAGUGCGGAGAGGGUGGGGGAGUGAAUCACAGAGGUUGGCAACAGCGAAUUGAUAUAGCCCUCGAGCAGAUAAUCCAAAACUAAUUCAAUCGUCCGGAAUACCUGGAAAAUUUAAUUCCGAGCCGUCUAACUUUUAUCAAGUUCCUGACGUGGCCCCUGGCGUGCCUCAGCGAGUAUGGAUGUGCCCCCGCAUGGGGGAGAGUAGUGCACCCCACUUCUCGCGUACAAAAACUAGAGAGAGAAAGAGAGGGUGGAGAGAAAAAAAAAUAUCUGGUGAAUACAACGGAACGGAGGCUCCAUGCCAGUUGCAAUUUCAAAUUUAAAUUGAGAAGAAUUCAAAGUUCAAGCCAUUUCAUCUGGAAAAUAAUUUCUCAGGGGUAUUUUGUCUUCCAGUGAAUUAUUGUCAAUUUUCAUCUUGAAUUGUUUUAAUUAUAGAAAGAAAAUGAAUCAAAGUGCUGCAGUGGUAUAUUUUUUUAAUGUAAAACAGAUUGUCUUGCAUUUAAUGGUUGAAAACUGAAUUAAAAAAUUUGAUGGAAG